UUGGAUUGAUGCACCAACGGUGCUGCUGGCAGCAGUGCCCCCGAGGUGGAGGGGACCAGGCGCGGGCUAGGGGAGAGGAGGACGGGCCCCCGAUCCAGAACAGCGUGACAGUAGCAGAGACGAUGAGAAGGGCGAUUUCGAGCUUGGCCUGAAGGGGGGGCCCUCCCUUGGGCGCGGUAAGAGACUCAUUCAGUGACAACUUAUUGACCGUCUGAUGGAUCCAGGGCACUCUGCCAGAUAAAGGCGGGGCAAAAGAAAGUAUAACCAGUAAAGUCUCAAUUUACUUUGAAAGGAAUGUGAUGUUAAUUCUGGGGCAUUGAUGUUUUACCAUGCCUGAUCAAGACAAAAAAGUGAAGACCACAGAAAAAUCAACCAAUAAAAAACAACAAGGAAUCAUCACCAGGGACUAUUCAGAUCUUAAAAGACUUCUGUGCCUUUUGAACGUUCAGUCAAGCAAACAACAGCUUCCAGCCAUUAACUUCGAUAGUGCCAGAAGCAGCAUGACGAAAUCUGAGCCUGCCAGGGCGGGUGGACACAGAGCUCGAGGUCAGUGGCACGAGUCCACAGAAGCCAUUGAACUUGAAAAUUUUAGUAUAAACUACAAGAAUGAGAGAAAUUUCAGCACACAUCCCCAGCAUAAACUAUUUCAGGAGAUUUUUACAGCCUUGGUGAAAAAUAGACUCAUAUGCAGAGAGUGGGUUGAUCGAGCCCCAUCUCUUCAUUUUCUGAGAGUAUUAAUUUGUCUGAGACUUCUAAUGAGGGAUCCAUGUUAUCAGGAAAUGCUCCAUAGCUUGGGUGGGAUUGAAAACCUAGCUCAGUACAUGGAGAUCGUGGCCCACGGGUACCUCGGCUCCGGGGAGGCGCAGCACAGCGUGGACAAGCUGGUCAACAUGACGUAUAUUUUUCAAAAACUUGCUGCUGUCAAAGACCAAAGAGAAUGGGUCACCACAAGCGGAGCCCACAAGACAUUAGUAAAUUUACUCAGUGCCCGAGAUACUAAUGUUCUGUUGGGUGCCCUUCUGGCUCUGGCUAGUUUAGCUGAAAGUCCAGAAUGUAGGGAGAAAAUAAGUGAACUCAACAUUGUAGAAAAUCUGCUGAUGAUUUUACAUGAAUAUGACUUGCUUUCCAAAAGGCUGACAGCUGAGCUGCUGCGCCUGCUCUGUGCCGAGCGCCAGGUGAGAGAGCAGGUGAAGCUCUACGAGGGGGUCCCCAUCCUCCUCAGCUUGCUGCACUCAGACCACCUACAGCUGCUGUGGAGCGUCGUCUGGAUCCUGGUUCAGGUUUGUGAGGACCCUGAGACCAGUGUGGAAAUUCGCAUUUGGGGAGGCAUCAAACAGAUUCUUCAUAUUUUACGAGGGGACAGAAAUUUUGUUUCUGAUCAUUCCUCCAUUGGAAGCCUGUCUAGUGCCAAUGCGGCAGGCCGAAUCCAGCAGCUUCAUUUGUCAGAAGAUUUAAGCCCUCGGGAAAUACAAGAAAAUACUUUCUCUCUUCAAGCAGCCUGCUGUGCGGCCCUCACGGAACUGGUGCUUGACGACACCAACGCCCACCAGGUGGUUCAGGAAAAUGGUAUAUAUACAAUAGCAAAAUUAAUUUUACGAAAUAAACAAAAGAAUGCAGCAAAAACUAAUCUAUUACAGUGUUAUGCGUUCAGAGCCUUGAGGUUUCUCUUCAGUAUGGAAAGAAACAGACCACUCUUUAAAAGACUUUUCCCCACCGACUUGUUUGAGAUCUUCAUUGACAUAGGACAUUAUGUUCGUGAUAUCAGUGCUUAUGAAGAAUUAGUAUCAAAGCUGAAUUUAUUAGUGGAGGAUGAACUGAAGCAAAUUGCUGAAAAUAUUGAAAGCAUUAAUCAGAAUAAAGCUCCUUCGAAAUAUAUAGGCAACUAUGCAGUUUUGGAUCAUCUUGGAAGUGGAGCUUUUGGCUGUGUUUACAAGGUUAGAAAGCGUAGUGGUCAAAAUCUUUUAGCAAUGAAAGAAGUCAAUUUACAUAACCCAGCAUUUGGAAAGGAUAAAAAAGAUCGAGACAGCAGUGUAAGGAAUAUUGUUUCUGAAUUAACCAUAAUUAAAGAGCAGCUUUAUCAUCCCAAUGUUGUACGCUAUUACAAAACAUUUCUGGAAAAUGAUAGGUUGUAUAUAGUUAUGGAGCUUAUAGAAGGGGCCCCUCUUGGAGAGCAUUUCAGUUCUUUGAAGGAAAAACAACAUCAUUUUGCUGAAGAGAGACUAUGGAAAAUAUUUAUACAGCUGUGCCUAGCUCUUCGGUACUUACAUAAGGAGAAGAGGAUCAUCCAUAGAGACCUGACGCCAAACAACAUUAUGUUGGGGGAUAAGGACAGAGUAACAGUUACUGACUUUGGCCUGGCAAAGCAAAAACAAGAAAGCAGUAAACUUACAUCUGUUGUAGGAACAAUUCUGUAUUCCUGCCCUGAGGUGCUGAAGAGUGAGCCGUAUGGGGAGAAGGCUGAUGUCUGGGCAGCAGGCUGCAUCCUUUAUCAGAUGGCGACUCUGAAUCCUCCCUUCUACAGCACAAACAUGCUCUCCCUGGCCACAAAAAUAGUGGAGGCGGUAUAUGAACCAGUGCCAGAAGGCAUCUAUUCUGAAAAGGUGACCACUAUCAUCAGCAGAUGCCUCACUCCUGAUGCAGAAACCCGCCCAGAUAUUGUAGAAGUCAGCUCCAUGAUAUCAGAUGUCAUGAUGAAGUAUGUAGAUAACUUAUCCACAUCCCAGCUGGCCUUGGAGAAGAAGCUGGAACGGGAACGGAGACGCACACAGAGGUAUUUUAUGGAAGCCAACCGGAACACAGUCAUGUGUCAGCACGAGCCGGCUCUGCUCUCUCAAGAAUCCUUUGAGAAGGCAAGCUUGAGUAGAAGCAGCAGUGGAGCAGGAAGCCUGAAAAGUGAGCUUUCAGAAAGCACAGACCUGCCGCCUGAGGGCUACCAUGCCCCCUGUGAUAAGGACGAAGACCGAGCCUGUGCUGGAAUCUUGUCAGAUGAUAACUUCAACUUGGAAAAUAUUGAGAAAGAUAUAUAUUCAGAGUUCGACGAUGAAUUGGACACUUUGGAUAACUCCAGCAGCUCCAGUUCAAACCCUUUGAAGGAAUCUACAUUCAUCACUUUAAAGAGAAGUUUUAGUGCUUCAGGAGGAGAAAGACAAUCCCAAACAAGAGACUUCACUGGUGGAAUAGGAUCAAGACCAAGGCCAGCAUCUGCAGGAAUUGCUGUGUCCCAGAGGAAAGUACGUCAGAUCAGUGAUCCUAUUCAGCAGAUCUUAAUCCAGCUGCACAAAAUCAUCUACAUCACUCAGCUUCCUCCAGCUUUGCACCACAAUUUGAAAAGAAGGGUUAUAGAGAGAUUCAAGAAAUCCCUCUUCAGCCAGCAGAGUAACCCUUGUAAUUUGAAAUCUGAAAUUAAAAAGUUAUCUCAGGGAUCUCCAGAACCAAUUGAGCCCAACUUUUUCACAGCAGAUUACCAUUUAUUGCAUCAUUCAUCAGGUCGAUACAGCCUGUCCCCAAAUAACCCAACAGGUCUACCCUCCAGCUUUGAUUUGGAGCAGGGGAUAACAUAUGAACAGAUGCAGAUUGUGAUUGAAGAAGUCCUAGAGGAAAGUGGUUAUUACAAUUUUACUUCUAACAGGUAUCACUCCUAUCCAUGGGGGACCAAGAAUCACCCAACCAAAAGAUGAAAGUGCUGCAUUUUGAAUGGACUUGGUUUUCCCAGUGAAGAUCAAGUUCUGGACUUCAACCACUACUGGCAAGAUGCCCAAAGAUUGGGUGCUGCUAAAAGAGUGUGGAAGAGAAAAGACCAACAUGCCAUGGUGCCUGCAGGACCUCUUUCUGGAGGUCCGGUGCUAAGAGGCUUCAUCCUUGGGACACAUGUAUACAGGAUGACAGGGCUCCCAGUGUGCUCCUGGGAGAAAAUGCUGCAAAAUUCAUCUGUGAGAAGAAAACCCACUCCUUGCAGAACUUUCCUCCAAGUUAAAAAAAAAAAACUUGUCAUAUUUUUCAAAGGAAUCUACUUAGAAUUGCUGAAACUAUGUUUAAAGGCAUCUAGCCUUCUAUGUAUAAAAGAUAGUUUUAGAUAAAGAAAAUUAUAGAACU